AUGGGCUACAAAAUGGGUGAAUUAAGAAAUAACAGUCUGUAUGACCGUGUCAACAAACUUUUAGUAUCUUAUGAAUGGAGUGACUGCACCUUUUCCGUAUGCGAAAAAAAAUUUAAGGCUCAUAAAUUAAUACUAGGAAUAAGCAGCCCAGUAUUCGAGGCUAUGUUUUAUGGGCCCCUCUCAACUAAUAGUGAUAUUGUUAUAACUGAUAUAGAACCUAAUAUAUUUCAACAAUUGCUUAAUUAUAUUUACACGGACAAAGUUGACAUCACAUCAAUUGAAGAAGCUUUUGAAUUAUUAUAUGUUUCAAGAAAAUACUUACUUGAACACUUGUCAGAAGUAUGCAUAGAAUAUGUACAGUCAAAUGUAAGCAUUGAUAAUGUAAUAACUAUUUUGAACUAUCCUGAUUAUAUGCAAGACAAACAAUUACUUUCAUCUUCUCUUCAGUUAUUCUGUGAACAUGCAAAUUUCUUGCUUCAAGAAAAUAAAAAAAGAAUUUCAAGUUUUUGUCUUCAGAAGAUUCUUACAAGCGAUGAUAUGAAUAUAUCAGAAAAGGACUUAAUAAAAUUUGUUUUCGAUUGGACUGUCGAUUACUGUGAAGCUAAUAAUAUUUCCAUAAACUUUAAAAACAGACGUGAAGUAUUAGUACAGAAUGACUUUUUAAAAUUACUACGAUUUUUUACACUGUCCUUAAAUGAUAUAGAUGAAAUUAUUUUAGAUGAUAAUAAUUUACUUUUACCACAUGAAAGUGAGAACAUAAAACAAGUAUUAAGCAAACAAGUAUUAGAGAUACCUGAUUCACUCAGUCUUAUUACAGUUCCAAGACAUUCAUUAAAAUUGCAGUGGAAUUUUUGUCAUCGCAGCCCAGUUCGAUCAGCUACUCCCAUAAUUAUAGAUUCAAAUCAUAACUUUAUUCAGUGCAGGUUAAAAACUAAUAAAUCCAUAUUCAUAAAUAAUCUCAAUAUACCAUCUCAAAUGGCACCAGUAAUAAAUUAUUGUCACAAUACUCUUAAAAUGUACCACGAACAUAUCUCAAUUUCUUUGCAAUGUGAAUCUGACAACAGUAUUAUUGCACAUUACAAUUUUAAGGAUAAAGUAGAAUAUGAUUCCAAUAUUGAUAUAGAAUUCAAGGAGCCAUGUUUUAUUAAAAAAGACAGUUGGUAUAAAAUAUGUUUCCAUUGGCCAAGGCACGACAGAUAUUAUUCAUUUUCAUAUGGAAUUCAACGUAGAGACACAUUGUAUACAAGCAAUAGAAUUCAUUUGAAGUUUGAAGACUUAUGUUCAGCUUCUGAUAACUAUGGUAGUUUUCUUAGAGGAUUAAAAUUUUGCCUAUGA